AUGCUUAUAAAGCUUAGUGUGUGUCUUUUAAUUUAUUGUAACAUAAUGUGCAGCGCAUGGAUUGCAACCUUGAAUUAAUUCGGUGUUGAGGUGACAGACUUAGUAAACACGAUUUGUAUAUGAAUCUGACACUGAACCUUAUUCAACCGAUGCUCUAGGACCAUUUAUGGUUAUCCUGUAUUGUCUCUUCAGACAAAUAUUGUUCACAGUGUGAAAAACAUACCAACAACGUCGGGUUAUUUACAAAUAAACUUAACAAUUUAUUUCUGACUUUACUAUAAUACUAUAGUUGACGAGGAACUUAGUUUGGUUAGGAUGGUUACGACUUAGAAUGGUUUGGUUAGGGACCUAUGUUUCCAGAAUGCACUUCCACUGUUUCUCGGGAAAAUCAUAUUUUAGACUUGCGGAUAUGCACCGAACGCACUGUUCCAUGGGUUGUCGAGUUAUUUGAUUAGGACAGCAUAGGCGCUAUUGAGGUGAUUUAUAAGGAAGUUAUAAGGCUGAAGUAUUCAUCUAAUGGAGAUAUUUGGCCUUCAUAUGCGUCUCGUUAAAGACCUUCAAGUCAAAAGAACAAACGAUCAGAGGACCAGCGAAAUGGCCAAGGGUAGCUGAGACCCGCUGAAUGGUAGGGAAGAAAAUCGAACAAACUGUUAGUUAAAAUUGGAAAGAGAUCUGCACGUGACGCUAGGUAACAUUAAUCAAAACGUAGAUAGAUCAGUGGCAGCGCGAAGCAGAUCAAAAUGUCAGCCUUAAAAUAGACGUUUGAAAAAGUAAUUAAGGAAUGACCCGGAAAAGGUUAUAAUCAUUGAAAAUAACGAACCAGGUCAGUCCAAUUGCAGCGUCUGGCAUAAGACCUAUUCGAAGAAUAGAAACGAAAAAGUUAUCCACUAUACUUAAGGAGCUGCUUGCCAAAGGAAAGGACUUCUCAUAAAGGACAGCUAAAGCUGCAAAGUGAGAGCAUCAAUAAGGUAGACGGUCCUUCCUGAAGUCCUGACUAUACAAUUGAACUGAAGCUAAGGCGCUCCAAGAGACUUCAGGUUGAAGAGGAACUCGAUAAGCCGAGAUCGGAACAGAAAUCCGAUUAGGGUGGUCGGGACUAUAAAGGAACGCUGCCUAGAUAUAGCUCCGUGGAAAAGACGAAUCGGUAAAUAUAAUGAUAGGAAGUGUGUUCUAUUGGGAUGCUCUAGAAAAUAUGUUAAUUGACCAUAAUAACCUUAAGCGUAAAGGAAAGGACAUAUUACUUGACUAUUUGGAUGUGGUAACAGAAAAGCGGGACAAUUUGCCGUGAAUCUCUGGAGGAAGAAGACCAGUAAAGACCUGUCUCUUCGGUAAAAUUUAGCAAUCUGGAACUCUGAUGGUAAUCCCUUGACUCAGAAAGAACUCAACCAGUACCAGAUUAGCAAACCUUUUUUAACAGCAAACCUGUUUCAAUUAAAAACGACAACAUCCUGAGUCCAUCACGGUGCAGCGAACGGAAUGUUCCGUUUAAGGUCAUAACUACUCUCGAUUAAUAUGGAUACAACAAGGAAACUUCGAUGCAAUGAUUGGUUCAUAAAGCUUGAUUAUUAUAAGCGCAGUUGGGAUGGGUUUGGAAAAAACGCAUGACGAUUCGCUGCCGCCGUUAUGUUGGGUUUCACUUCUGUUACAGCAAGGUAUUGUUGAGACAGCCGACUAGAUCCUAUGUAGCAUCAUCAUCAUCGAUCCACUGAUGAGCUCGUUUAUCAGAUCGAAAAAGGAACGACCACAUUUGGUAAAAAAUGCAUAUGGCAGUAGCUUUAUUUGAAGAUCAUUCCAUGGAAGAAUAUUUUUUUGGGAUUACGAGAUCGUCACAGUUACACAGAGGACGUUCGGGAAAAUCAAUGUCUGCUUUUGCCAACAAUGCUCCUGAUGAAGCCGAUCGAACGACUGACAUGAAGUUUAGUGCUUGUCACAAACCCAAGGCAGGCACUGCUUAUGCUGAGGGAGAUCAAACCUUGUUUCCUGAAGUGUAAGCGCACAACAAUAUUUACCGCAAUCACGUCACCAGAUGUUGAGCGCUUGCCAAAAGUGUAUCCCUGUAACCCUGCAGUGGUUUAUAUUGGCGCAAACCCACAGGUCGCGUCGUGCAGAUCGUACACAUUAUAAACGGAUUUGAUAAGCGUCGAAAAUUUUUGAGACUUCGUUAGGUGGUUGGUAAAUUUCCGAUCAUCUUGAUCGGCCAAAGGAACGGUGCUGACGUUCUAGUACGAGGUGUCGAGAAGUUCGGUUACAUUGUAACUGUAUGUAUUUUUCAUAGCGGUAGCGGCCAGAGAAAAGAAAGAGACCAUUGCAUCGCUAAGGAAUGAGACGAAGAAACUUCUUAUGACAGCAUAAUUCGCUGAAUUACGGCUGAUUUUGAGCUAGAUACAUCGCACCGAUCAGAGGACACCGGUAAGUACGGCAACGCUAAGUUAAUGGGGAUGCUCUACGACCUUAAACAGAUGCUUCCGACGAGCCCUGCGUCAAAAUGUUCAAAGAACCUGCUAAAUUGUCCCUACACUCGACAUCAAUCAGGCAUUUUUGUAAUCAAAAAAGGAAACUGGUAGGAAAAGAAUCAGCUUAUAGCGUCUUCAUAUAAGCCAGUUUUCAAAUUGCACGAUGCGCACGUUUCAAGUCUGCGUGAAAGGCAGGAGGUGUUCGAGCUGCCCCGGCGGCCCGCUCUACGUUCCUAAAGCGUAGAUAUUUUUGCGGAGUUAUCGUUUUAUGCAGCGUUUGUUUUGAGCCGACCCGUGACUGGCCUGUGGUCAGUCUAAUGGUAGUGAUUUGCGAUGCUUUCUCUUCCCGUCUACCCGUGUCUUCAGGUAGCCCAGCUCACACAUGUAUUAACUUCACUACUGCGACCGCUACUGGCUAAAGAUGAGUGACUGCGAGCUGAUUGACGAUCUUGAUGUGGUCCAGCUAGCAGCUUCAUCUACGUCAGCGGACACUCCUGUCGACCACCAAAUCUAUUCAGCGGCUGGCACCACACCAGCACGUAAUUCUCGCUGUUUGCCUGUAUACGUAGUCGAGUAUCAUCACCAUGCUGUACAACAUAUUCACCGACAGAUCGCUCGAAAGAAGCUUCGUUUUGAAGCCAACACCAUGAUACACUUCGACUCGCACCCCGACCUUUGCUUCCCACGACCGUUCGAUCCGGAUCGCAUCUUCGAAAAGGAGUAUGUCUACGAUAAUGUCAACAUUGAAAGCUGGAUUUUACCUCUUGUCUAUGCAGGACAUGUGAGAGAUGUUAUAUGGGUGCGCCCACCAUGGGCAAACCAGAUCCGCGAUGGCCUUUACCAUUUUCGGGUCGGGAAAGAUUUUAACGAAGUGAAAGUUACCCUGCCCGAAGAGUAUUUCGUCUCGGAGUGCCUGUGGGCGCCAGAAGAAUCACUAUGCAAUACAAAGGACUGCAUGUUGUACGUCUCCAGAAUGGAGGAUGUUGAUAUGCGAAAAAUCGAGAAGCCGUGCGACGGCGCUGGAGACGAACCCGGACAAGAAGACUGGAGUUUGUCGUGGAUACUCGACAUCGACCUCGAUUACUUUUCGACAAAAAAUCCAUUUGAAGCAAUCUUCUCUCCGAAACAGUUACAGAUUAUGCGUAAGCUCUACGACUUCCCCGAGCUGCCGCAAGGAGUGACGGCCGAACGACUUAAAGAGCUUUCGCAGAAACGACGGGACCAGCUUGACGACCUGCAGAUGAUCAUUGGAGCAAAUCUGCAUAAUUCGCACCUGGAAGAGCAUGACGUCGAGGCUGACUCUGAGCAAGAGAAGCUUGUUGCUGAACUCAUUAAAGACCUCGAUGACAACCCACCAAAAGACUAUGUGAUCACGCCAGAACUAAUUCACGAUGCUGGCUGUACGAUGGAUCUCCGAUCGAUGCUGCCUCACCAUGUCAGUUCGAAAGAAGAGGUGUCGCGAAUGAUAAAAGCAAUGGAAUCAUUUCUAGGUAAAUUGCAACCAGAGAAGCCGAAGGUUGUCACGAUCUCACGGAGCAGUACCGAUGAUUACUGUCCACGUGAAGACGUUGAUUUUAUUCAGGAUCAGGUAAUUGGAAUGAUAGAACGACUCUACGGCGAGUGCACCAUCACGCGUGAUUAUGAUGAGCGCCCUGACCCGAUCCAGCAGCAAGGGUUAAUAGAUGAUAAACAACAGUGCCAGCAGAAGAAAGAGUGUCCUGUGUGAAAAUUGUGUAAAAAAAAGUAGUUUCGGGGAGGACGGGAACGCAGCCUUGCACAGGUAUUAUUUAAGUUCUAUACGACGGCUGGAUGCCCAAGGAAAGGGUUGAGAUUGUCAGUCGGGCGUACAGCAAAAAAAACAAAUUUACCAUACUAGGCUCUUGCAAUUUAAGGGUAUUUACAAAUGAAGGAUAUAUACAACAACUAAUCAUAUAUAUAUAUAUAUAUAUAUAUAUAUAUAUAUAUAUAUAUUACACCUCAUUCGGACGCGCAAAUAUACGAUAUCAAACAUGUCCGGGACAAUGAGUUCAUGAAGAGGCAGCGGUGGAAGCGAAAGCAAACACUAAACGGUGAUGUUCGCAAACCUCAUGAGACCCACUGGUUGGAAAUCCCAAGUGUAUAGUAAUAAAGAAUAAAUACUCCAUUGAUUGAGCACCUAAUGUGAGGUCGUGUGCUCAGAUUAACUGAUAGUAACAAUAAUAAUAUAACAUGAAAAUGUAAUGUACAGAAUAAUUCGGCAGCAGAAAAUUGAAGGCAUAGUAACAGCAGUAACGCCGACCGUCUUAUAUUGACUAGACGGGGACGUUUCGGCUAUUUAAUGAAGAAUAUAAUUACUAACGUUAUAAUAUUAUUUUAUAAUAAUUUAUUAAAUCUAUACCUUUAGCGACCCACUCAUAAAAAGUUACAGGUGUUAACGACAGACGUAUUCAGUGGAGAGAUUAUUGUGAUCUAUAUGCCGUAUUAUAGAAUUAAACCUUGUGAAGAUAAAGUCGAUAGAUUAACGAUUCUGUAUGAAGCAUACUCGCUCAUUGAUCUUUGUACGUGUGCAACAAUAACUUAAGUUAGCAUGGAUAUGAGUUUUAUGCCCACGUUCAGCUCUCAGUAAUGGUACGUAAAACCUUUUGCGGUGUCAUCCUUCCUUCUGUGGGAAGAUGUUAUAAUACCGCUGACAUAAAUAUGACCGACGUUAGCGGCUAUGUGAUUACGUGCGUGAAACAGCGAGCCGUGAUCGUAAUUGGUUCAGGUCAGCUGGUUCCUUAGGUUCGUAUUAGUUCUUCGUGAUGUUCCCACUAUUAUAAACAGAAAAAGCUGUUAGAAGCAGGGCUAUAUCUAUGCUGUCCCGGAAGGUGUCGGAGUUUAGUAGGAGCUUUAAGUCCUCAUAAGCGUGUGAUAACUCUCAUCAAAUCUGCCAGAAACUAUACGGACAAACAGAAGAAGAGCACAUGAUACCUAGGCAAGAAACAGUAAAUGAAUAAAAAAAGAGAGAGAGAAUAUCUAACAACGAAUUCAUACACGUGGAUAAUACUCGUGUUGUAAUGUGUUUGUACGGUGAUAUUAUAUACGAUACAAAAAAUAAGAUCCUGCUGAAGUUACAUGUAGCAAAACGACGCUUGUAGAGGACGUAUGUAGAAUGCUUGAAGACGAUGACAGGAAACAUUUAAUGUCGAUUGAUAAUUAUUAUUCUAUUGCGUUAGCAUAAUAUGGCAUUACGGAUAAAAAAAAACAACAAUGGUAACAGCAAGGCCUACGAUCUCUUACUUUUAGGCCUUGGAAACAGGGUGACGGACGAGGCUAACUUAUUCUUAGAUCACUAAAAAUCUAUUUUAGCAUCCGUUCAUUAGUAGUAGGUGUUUUUCGUAGGCACGAUUUCGACAACAAGGAAAGAGUAACAUCCACGGUUCUAUCUAUAUAUUAUUUAAAGACCACUUAACUCGUAGUAAAUAAAUCGUGAGUCAACGCUUUAUUAGCGAGGUGGUUGGUCUCGAAGGAGGCUGACGGUAGCCUCACUCCCUUUACGCACUUGGUUUUUUCCCGACACGAUAGAAGAUGAAACGCAUUUAAGAAAACGAACAAAUAAAAGCUUUUAAUGAAAUACCAAUUCGAUUCGAGUAUUUACUUUGUUUUCAUCGGAUGAGAUGGCUACAUGAAAUGGCGAUAGAAUGUUAAAGUUCAAGUUCUAAGUUAAAUUGCAGCGGCUUAUUCGAACAUUACAGGAUUAACCAGACAAGAAUACGUCACUUAUAUAAAAUUACUCUUUGUAGAUGUAAAGAAACAAAUUAUGUCUACUAUGUGUUUGGAGCUUUAAGCAUUGUUUCAAGUUGUUGGUUAGAAAUGAAGUUUCUUCUGCGUAAGACUUAUAUUCAUCAGGUAAAUAAACUCCGACAGGAAGUAAACUGAACUUUCACAUCACAUAUAUGUUCCGUAUUUUGCCUUUUACUUAUCUAUGAUGUCUAGGCCUGUUGCUGCAUCGAUCAGCCCGCUACUAGGUUACUUAUCGUCUUUAAAAAGCUUCUAUUUACUAGUUCGCCUUUACCACGAUCGUGUUAAGUUAAAUGUCCGUUUAUCUUCGUCAAAUCUUGCCAUGACGCGAUAAUCAAAUUGCAGAAAAAUUGCAAGACAGGUAAUAAGUGUACCUGAAUAGGUAAGCAAGGUUCCUUUUUGGUUAGGGAAACAAUCAGAAAUCAGCAGGGCGUCAAUUCGCUCAUCAUACAUCAACAGCGUGCCGACUCUCCAGAGCUCAUGGUGAUUUGAUGUGAAUUUAUGCUUGAGAAAUAACUUUUGAUGUAGUAGAUGGCAACUGGAGAUAACGUCUGUACCAAUAACAGCCAUAUCAUAUAGCAUGACAAUCUGAAGAAAUGGGAUUAUCGCAAUCAUGGUUUCAACGUUAGACAACUCAUUAACUCGAAGGCCGAUCAUAAGGCCUUGAUAAGCCAGGGCAAAGAUCUUCGCAUAUAUCAACACCAAUACCCGACUGAAUGUCCGAUUAAAGUGAUCUACUGAACGGCGAACCGCCAUUUUCAUUUCGAGCACUUUCGACAGCGAUAGCAUGUCCAUGGACACGUCUAGCCCUCGAAGAUUGGCACGAAUGAUUAUUGCUCCUUGAAUAUAGAGAUGGAAUACGGCAUACUGCAAUUGCCACACGUAACUACCGCACCAGCUCACCAUGCGAUGCUUCAUCAACAACUUGCUUUCAAGCUCUUUCGUCAAUUGUUCGUGUCUUACAGCUUGAGAGAUGUCAAUGUACGUGUAGAAACAGCAGCUCAUGAACCAAUGAACGAAUCGCUUGAUGUUAAAAGAGCGAAUAUUCUGAGGGUCACGUAAUAAGUCGACGAGAAAGGUCUGAUUUGUCCAGAGAGCUCGACCUGCUUCUGCGAAGAGGGCACAGCUGUUUAGAAGAUAAAUAAUGUCAAAAAUAUCACUUGUAGCUGG